AUGACGAAAAGUGCGGGAGCUCACGGGAAAGCCGCUAAAGGCAAAGGGUUGGAUAUACAUAAAAAGUUUUUAAUAAUAAAAUCAAGAGAAGAUAUAAAGAAGUUAAUAAAAAAUGAUAACCCAACAAAUGAAAAAAUAGAUGAAAUGCAACACUUAUUAGAAAACAGUGAAUUAAAAGAUGAAAAAAAAAAAAAAAAAAAAAAAAAAGAUAUAGCAAUUCCUCGAUUUAAAAUAUGUGAAAAUGAUGAUUAUAAAUUAACGAAAUUUGAAAAACCGACACAUUAUAUUAGAUAUGAAUUAUAUAGAGAUCAAGUUACUGGAAUUAAAUUAAAUGAUGGUUGUAUAAUACAUUAUGAUUUAUUAAAAGAAGAUGAGAUAUUUUUAGAAAGUUUAAAUUCUUAUAUGAAUAUACAUGUAAGUAGUGAUGAUUUUUGUAAAUUGAUAGACAAGUUUGAGAAAUUAACUGGUUAUUCAGAUAGUAAAGAAGAGAUAAAUUUAAAAGAUGCAUUAAAUGCAGCUAGCGAAUUAAAAAUAAAUUAUAAAAGUAAUAUAAUAAAAGAUAUUCAUACAUAUUGGAAGGCUAAAAGAAAAAAAUUAGGUAGACCGUUACUUCGUAUGUUUUGGAAUAAUGCACAAAAUAUACUAUCCCAUUAUUCAGUUUUUAGAUCAAGAGUAAAAGAAAAAAUGACAUUAAGAAAACAUAAAAAAAAAAAUAGUGAAGUUAUAGUUAAAAUGCAAGAAUUAAUAGAAGAUUUUAAAAGAUUAGAUAGAAUUUUAAGAAAAAUGAAACAACGAGAUGAAAAAAAACUUUUAUUGUUACAACUUAAUUCAAUUUUAUUCGAUCAACGAAAAAAUGAAAUAAAAGAUAAAACCUAUGUAUGUCCUAUGUGGGACUAUUUUAAAGAUUAUAAAAUUGAUAAGAUUUAUAAAAAAUUCAAAAAAGAAAAACAUUACAAAAGUUUGCAUGCCAACAGUCAUAUGCACCACCAUCAUCAUCAUCACCAUUCUAUACUUAGUAGAAAAAUAAGCAAACAAAAUGACACAUUAAAAAGUUCUAAUUUUUCUGAACAUAUGUACAAUCCUCGAAAAUCGAAUCAUGAUGAAUAUAAAAAUGUUGUCCUCAUUAAAAGAAGAGGAAGAAACAAUCGAUUAUGGAUUGAUAGAAAAUCUAUUAAUAAUAGUGAAAUAAAUAAUAUGAGUGAUUUAAAUUAUUAUUGUGAUUUAUCUUAUGUAAUAAAUGAUCGUAUUGACUCAUCAUCUAAAUUAAAAAAAAAUUAUAAUGAUAAUAUUGUUAAUGAUGUUUCAUCUACAAAAAAACAUAUACCAAUAAAGCUCGAUAUAAAAAGUACUGAUCUCAAAUAUUUAGAUUCAACAUUUUUUAGUAACACAAAUAAAAAUGCAACAACAAGCUAUGCUGAUAAAAUAAGUAAUGGUGAGAUAGACGGAGAAAACCAAGGAAUAAAUGAAACAAAAAAAGAAAGAAAAAGACGAAAAAGAAAAAAAGAAAAUAAUAAUGAAGAUAUAUCUUUUUACAAUACAAGUACAAAUUUUCCACCCUUAGAAACAUAUAAGGAUUCAUCAAGUAUAGUGAAAAGAGAAAAUAUACCUAAUUUAAUAGAUGAGUUUUCCAAGGGUGAAGGACAAACAUAUCGAGAUAACCGUGAUGAAUAUAUUUGUAAUACCCAUAAUAAUGGAAAUGAUUAUGCUGUUAGUGAUAUGGUAGAAAAUAAUGAAGUAAUAUUAGAUAAUAAUUAUGCUUAUGAAAAAAAUAAAUUAGAUGAAAUGAUAAAUGAAAAUAAAAGAGCAAUGGAAGCUAUUAGGGGAGGACCAAGAAGUAUAGGGGGGAUAUAUGAUGAAUAUUAUGAUAAUAAUAUUGAAAUGGGAAAUAAAAUAAAAAAAUUACCGACAUCUAUAAAUAAUAUUAACUCCGUAAAUGAGGUUGAAAAAAAUAAUUAUUUAUAUUAUCCCAGCAUGAGACAUAAUAAUAAAACAAUUUUUCAAUUUGAUGAUAUUAUUAAUCCUCAUUUAAAUAGAAAUGAUUAUUUAUUUUGUUUAAGUAAAUAUGCAUCUGUACAAAAAAGGAUAUUAUUUUAUUUGGAAAAUAUAUUAAAUUUUGAUACUUUUAAUUUUAAAAGUAAAAAAGGAGAUGAUUCUGCUCAUAACCCUUCGAAAAAUACUUCACAAAAUUCUCAAAUAAAUAUACCUCCUCCAAAUAAUGAUAUUGUGAAAAAUGUGGGAGAAACAAAAUGUGAUUAA